AAUGCCUUUCCUGUUCAAUAACGGGUCCCUGCCGGCCGAUGUUUCUUCGAAUGAAAACAGAGGAAACAUGGAAAGGACUCGAAUCUUUCUCUCCCUGUAUCCUCCUUAUACGAAAUUUUUAGUCAAUUUAUGAUCUUACCCUAUUCCUCAAUUCUUGAGAUUCAAGCCUUAGAGCGGAGCCCAGAUGGAACAUGACGGAGUCUCCAUUUUGAGAUCAGAAGACCAAAACGAUAUUGAGAUGGCUGCUAUUGCAUCCGAGGAAAAAGUCAUCCUUCCCAUUGAAGCACAGCUGACUUCUGUUUGUAUCUUCCCCAAACAAGAAAAUUUCACUUUGGAAUCAGAAGAGAGAUCAAAGUCAGCAACGAAACUUUCUGGACUCAUAAUCUUUUAUUUAAUAGUUAUGGCAGUAGAAGUUGUUGGUGGAGUGAAAGCCAAUAGUCUUGCCGUUAUUACAGAUGCUGCACAUUUGUUGACUGAUGUUGCUGGAUUCUCUAUUUCCCUUUUCGCUGUGUGGGUAUCGGGUUGGAAGGCAACAUCACACCAGUCUUUUGGAUAUAGUCGUCUUGAAGUUCUGGGUGCUCUUCUCUCUGUUCAGCUCAUAUGGCUGAUUUCUGGUGUUUUAAUUUAUGAAGCUAUUGAUAGAAUUCUUCACAAAAAUGCAAGGGUGAACGGGGGACUAAUGUUUGCAAUUGCUUUGUUUGGAUUUAUCAUUAAUUUUAUCAUGGUCAUGUGGCUGGGUCAUGAUCACUCUCACCACGCAUGCCAUGAUCACAAUCAUGAUCAUACUCACAACCACGAGGGCGAGGACUAUUGUGCAACAAAUGAAGGGGAGGAGACUAAGCUGGUAUCAGGUACUCCAGCAAAGACAAAGAUAUGGAACAUAAAUAUCCAAGGGGCUUACGUCCAUGUCAUGGCUGAUCUAAUUCAGUCUGUCGGGGUGAUGAUUGCUGGAGCAAUUAUAUGGGCCAAGCCAGAUUGGUUGGUGGUUGAUCUUAUCUGCACUCUACUCUUCUCUACUUUUGUUCUGUUUACUACUUUACCAAUGCUUAGAGAUAUCUUCUGUAUACUAAUGGAGAGGACACCACACGAGAUCGAUGUUGGCAGGCUGGAGAGUGCUCUGAAGUGUAUUGAAGGAGUUCAAGAUGUUCAUAACCUGCAUGUAUGGUCCAUAACAGCAGGGAAGUUAGUAUUGUCUAGCCAUGUAAUGGCUGAGCCUGGAGCCAGCUCUCCUGAAAUCCUUCGUAUGAUUGGGGAAUAUUGUGAGAAAAUGCACAGAAUUCACAAUAUAACAAUACAAAUUGAGUAGUAGCUUUCAGAUCUCUACAACUCGAUUUUCUCUUUUA